GACAACGUUUGGGAUUAUAGCGAGACUUGGUGUUAGUCACCAGAAUGUUUUACAGGAAAGCGAUUUCAACAUAGAUGUAAACAAAAAUUGACAGGUCAAGUUGAAGGCCUGAACUAUGCCUUAAUGAGCUAGUUAUAAAGAAAAAUAAGAUCACAAUCAUGAAGCCAGAAGCUCUGAGAUGGUGGGUGAAGGCGAUUGGAAGACCACUUUCUCAGUCUCUUUCAUCAAAAGCAGGGCCUUCGUGCAGAUCUUUUUCCAGUAAACAAUGGCAACAAACGGUUUAUAUGCAAAAUAAAAUGAUACUAGGGCGUUGUGGCAGAAACUUUGCCAUCAGAAAGAUGUUGCAUUCUAGAGGUAUAGCAAUUACAUGUUCAAAGUGUAUACAAGAUGGUCCAUAUGCUUACAAUAAAUUUGGACAAGGCCCUGACAAAGAAAACAUAGGAAACAAAAAAAACUUUGGAAAGGCUUGCCUUGGACUGCUGGUUGGAAUUGCUUCAUUCAUCCUGAUAUCCAAUCCGAUGUCAUACUUGAAGACCACAGUUCAUGCGUCUACUGGAGAGGUAGAAAAACAGGACUCCGGAGAGUUGCUUGAAGCAAAGGAGGAGGGAGAUGAGGAAGAGGGUGCACAGACAGAAAAGAAAAAGAAGAAGAAAAUUGGUUUCAGGGACCGCAGGAUAAUAGAAUAUGAAAAUCGUAUCAGAGCUUACUCCACCCCAGAUAAAAUAUUUCGCUACUUUGCAACAUUGAAAGUGCACCAGGAACAAGGUGACUGGGAGGUGUAUAUGACUCCUGAGGACUUUGUUCGCUCCAUCACACCAGGAAUGAAGCAGCCAGAGGGUUUGGGGUUGGACCAGUUCAUGAAGUUUGAUCCUCAGAAGGACGAUGUGCACAGCUUGGGUAAACUGUUUAAUAAGAACUUGGAAAGAUUGGGUUACCGGGGGUCAAAGCACAACAAAGCUGAGUGGAAGAUGGGAGAAGAUAGCAUCUUCUACCAGCUGGGCGAGAGUGGCCUCAUCUCCUUCUCCGACUACAUCUUCCUCCUCACUGUGCUCUCCACACCACCAAGGAAUUUCCAAAUUGCUUUCCGCAUGUUCGAUCUUGAUGGAGACGGCAAUGUGGAUGUUGAAGAAUUUCGCAAGGUUCAUCAGAUAAUCCGCAACCAGACUAGCAUAGGCAUGCGCCACCGUGACCAUGCUGUCACUGGAAAUGUUAUGAAGGGUGUGAGUUCAGCGUUGGUCACCUACUUUUUUGGACAAGAGGGAAAGAAGAAGCUGACUGUACCAGUGUUCCUUACCUUCCAGCAACAGGUCCAGAAUGAAGUGCUCAGAAUUGAGUUUGACCGUUAUGACCCUGACGAUGGAAAGAUCACGGAAAAAGAUUUUGGAAGAAUUCUACUAACAUAUGCUGGAUAUCCAGACAAGAAAAAGACUCGCAUGCUGAAAAGGGUCAUUAAGAAGUUCAAAGAGGAACCGCAGGGUAUCACAUUUGAGGAGUACACCAAUUUCUGGCGUUUCCUAAAGAGCAUCAAUGAUGUUGACACUGCUCUAAGUUUCUACCACCUGGCUGGUGUCUCUAUUGAUGAAGAGACACUGAAGCAUGUGGCCAAGACAGUAGCACAUGUUCAUCUGACAGAUCAUGUGGUUAAUGUGGUGUUCACACUCUUUGAUGAAAACAACGAUGGUCAGCUGAGCAAUCGGGAGUUUGUGUCGGUGAUGAAACAGCGUGUAAUGAGAGGGUUGGAGAAACCCAAGGACACUGGCUUUAUCAAGCUCAUCAAUGCAACCUGGAAGUGUACCAAGUCCCAGACCUCAGCAUUCCUUGAGUAGACCCACAGACUUUUGUGUGCAAAGGAUCUCUGUUUUGACAUCCAUGUGAUUGUCUAAAAUUUAUUGUUUUGUUUCUGGUAUAUUUUACAGGAUUGUUAGUAUUGCAACCUAAAUUAUAUUUAUAUGUAUGCUCAUAAAAUAGAUAGUUAUUGCAGAUUUUUUUAGUUAUCUUACUGUCUUUCUGAACUCUUUACCUUCAUACAAUAUUGCAGACUUAUUCAAUCAUGAAGAUUAAAGCUACUUUUUAUCCUA